AGAAGGCCCAAUGGACUUGGAAAAAUUCCGCCAUGGCUGAAACCCUUUGGAUUCUAGCCUUCUUCUCCACUUCCCAAAUUCCAAGCUUUGCAAUUUCCACCAUUGCCGAAUUUCCCACAUAUUUAACCACACAAAUCUCAUGUCAAUUAUUUAAUUAUGCAAUCCACUUCAAUCCCCUCUUCCUGGCACACUUGCUGCUGCCACUAUCCCCUUCCCAAUAGCCUCUCCCACCCUCGGAUUCCCACCAGCAUCCCCCUCAACUCCCGCCCUCGCAAUUCCCAAUUCACGAAUCACAACCUCGUCGCGCUCACCUCCACGCACAGCUGCUGCAAGGAGCAGGAGAGCAGCAAGCACAAGUUCAACAAUCGAGAGAACAGCGAGUUCCUCCACGGAUUCCGCUCUUCCAUCGAGGAUCAGGAGCCUAAUUUCGAGGAGGAGGAGCGGGGAUUUGAGGCGGAUACUUCUUCAGGCAUUUCGUCGAGCAUGGGGUGGGCUGAUUUCAAAGCCGCGCUAGGGCAGCGGAUCAAUUUCGAAGGCAUCGCUUGCUCCGUUGGGAUUUUCUCGAAGGAUAAGCAGUUGUCGAUUCCGCAUGUUGCCGUGCCGGAUAUCCGAUACAUUGAUUGGGUUGAGCUGAAAAAGAGGGGUUUUCAAGGUGUGGUUUUUGAUAAGGAUAACACUAUCACUGUUCCUUACUCUUUGAGCUUGUGGGCGCCUCUUGCGCCUACGAUUGAGCAGUGUAAAUCUCUGUUCGGAUCGAAUAUCGCUGUGUUCAGCAACUCUGCGGGGUUGUCUGAGUAUGAUCCUGAUGGUAGAAAGGCAAAAGCCCUCGAGGAUGCAAUCGGCAUCAAAGUCAUAAGGCACAAGGUGAAGAAGCCAGCAGGAACAGCUGAAGAUAUCGAAAAUAGCUUUGGUUGUGAAUCCUCUAGACUUAUUAUGGUUGGUGAUCGGCCUUUCACGGAUAUUGUUUAUGGGAACAGAAAUGGUUUUUUCACAAUACUAAGUGAACCGCUUAGUCAUGAAAAGGAGCCUUUGAUUGUGAAGCAGGUGAGGCUGCUUGAAGUGGCCCUUAUUAAACGGUGGUCCAGUAAGGGUAUAAUGCCUGUCAGUCACAAGCUAUUUCCAGACCCAGCAAAGUGUGUUAAGGAUGUACCCAUCUGAAAAUUCUCAUUAAUAAUGAAGAAAAAGAUCAUUCAUUCUUUA